AAAAUUGCUUUUACAUAGUGGAACGUCAUUUCGCUGUGUGCAGAUAUAAUCAUUUAUUUUGCCUUUAAAACAACAAGUCCUCUCGACGAAAACAUACACCAAACAUUUUGAGUAAACAAUUAAUUCGCGCAAUAUAAAUCGAGAAAAUCUGGUGUGUGCUGGGAUCGAUUUCUUGUGUUACGUAUGAUUUGGUAAUAAUUGAUGGCUUUUCCGACGAUAAACGCUCAACAAGAAUUGAACAAUCGAAAAAUUUUAGAAGAUUUACAACACAAAAAGCAAUUAAUCCUACAAAAAGGAGUAAGUCCAGUUGCGGGUAUCCCAGUGAAUAACGCUAAUCAAAUAACAAAUAGCAUGCCACUGUUGAUGCAGGUAAAUUCUCAGCCAACAAUUGGCAUCUCACCGCAGCAGCCACAACAGUCACCGUCACACGAUUUACUUUCGCCGGGCAGUAAUUUGGGCCGAGCAGCUUGGGUUCAGGCAAACAGUCAAUCGUUUGGAUUUUUUGUCGCUCAAGAUUCUAUGUUUGGUAACAACAUUUUGCCGGUGUUACCACGUCCCCAACCAAAUCCACCCAAAUAAAUAAAACACUCAACGACUGAAUCUAAG